UUUUUUACAAAAUUUUUUUAGCAGCAUUGAAAAUAAAGCUAAAAUGAAAUUAAGCAAAAUUAUAUCAUUAUCACUCAUACCCGUGUUGUAUGUGUUGUUUGUAUUAUUGCUGGAACUUGUUGAAGAUGCAGUGGCACAAAAUCCUGACCCACUUUUCCAGUUACCCGUACAAUUGGUCGGCUUUCCAGUUAUUGUGCUGUCAGUGCGUUUAUCGCAAUUCGCUAAAAAGUUGGCCUACUCGCUGAAUCCAAAUACCUAUCGCGCACGCAGCAAACGUGACGCAGCUACAUCUGCUGCUUACGAUGCUGAAUUGGCGCAAAAAGAAAUCUUACGUGAGUUUGGUCCACGCGCUUGUAUUUUGGAGGAACCUUGUCGGCUGCACGCAUCAAGGCCAGGUCGUUUUGGUGCGCAACAACAUCCAGCAUGGAAUGAAAUAUUGAGAAACUACAGAGUUCAAUCAACUGGCAUGAAACAAUGGUACCUGCUCUCACUCUUCAUUGGCGAUGCCGUGCGCGAUGUGCCACUCUGCCGGCACCUGGCCAAACGGAUGCCAUGUCCAGGCGUUGGACCAUUGCCGCCACCGCAACCACGUUAAGUGUGUCCACAAUGAAAGUCAUAAAGCCAAAAGCGAACCAAAGUCAGUUUGGAGUUCCAGCCGUGCGCUGCUAACACCAUUGGGAGUCGCUGGUUGUGCUUUGGUGUGCACUAGUUAUAUGUAGGGUUAGUUACUAUGGACAUUCCUCUUUAUAGUAUAAAUAAAAAAAAUAUAUAUAUAUUUAUGUA